UACACACAGACACACACACACACAUAGACACACACAGACACACACACACACGGCGCGCGUUGCAGGCCGGAGGGAGGCGGCUCGGCUGGGCGGGCGGCCCCCGCUCCCCGGCUGGCUGGCUGGCUGGCUGGCUCCCCGGCUGGCUCGGCUCAGCUCGGCUCGGUGCAGCCCAGCCCGCACGGCCCCCCACCUCCGCCUCGGACCCGCCCCCGGGGGUCUCCCGGUCGGACCCAUGUCCUGCAGCGGCGGCGGAGCAACGCGCCCCGGGCGGCUCUGAGCAGCCCGGAGGGAGAGGGAGCCAGCCGGCGACUAGGGGGGGACCAUGUACCGGGACCCGGAGGCGGCCAGCCCAGGGGCGCCCACCCGAGAUGUCGUGCUGGUCUCUGCCAUCAUCACCGUCAGCCUUAGUGUCACCAUCGUCCUCUGCGGCCUGUGUCACUGGUGUCAACGCAAACUGGGCAAACGCUACAAGAACUCUCUGGAAACUGUGAGCACCCCAGAUUCGGGCCGUGGACGAAGCGAGAAGAAGGCCAUCAACGACCUAGACAGAGACUUUUGGAAUAACAAUGAGAGCACAGUGCAACAGAAAUGGAGUUCCUACCCUCCCAAGGAGUUUAUUCUAAACAUUUCACCCUACGCCCCUUAUGGCGACCCACGACUGUCCCUCAAUGGCUCGCUCUUGUCGAGUGCCAAGGUGGCGGCUGCAGCGGGGCUGGCGGUGGAGCGGGAAGGCCGGCUGGGGGAGAAGCCGGUGCCAGCGCCGCCACGCGGAGAGGACACCGCCAGCGAGCCGGGCAGCGGUGGUGGCAAAGCGGGGAGAGGCCGCUGGCGGACGGUGCAGAGCCACCUGGCCGCGGGGAAGCUCAACUUGUCCAAUUUCGAGGACUCCACCCUGUCCACGGCCACUACCCUUGAGUCUAUCCCCUGCUCCACCGGAGAGCCGAAAUGCCAACGGCCUCACACCCUGAUCCGGCAACAGAGCCUGCAACAACCGCUGAGCCAGCACCAGCGGGCCCGGCCGCCCUGCCAGCCCACCACCAGCCAGAGUCUGGGCCAGCUGCAGGCCCACGCGGCCGCGGCUCCCAGCCCCAACCCCCGGGCCUCCUCUGGCCGGGGCCAGGCCCGACCGGUCACCUCGGCUGGCUCCAAGUACCGGCCGGCCGGCGGCGGCCGCAGCCGCUCCAACCCGGGCAGCUGGGACCACGUGGUGGGGCAGAUUCGAAACCGAGGCUUGGACAUGAAAUCCUUCCUGGAAGGCCGGAUGGUGGUGCUAUCCUUGGUCUUAGGGCUUUCGGAGCAGGAUGAUUUUGCCAAUAUCCCUGACCUACAAAACCCAGGAACCCAGCAGAACCCAGCUCAGGGGGACAAGAGGUUGCCCCCAGGAGGGAAGGCGGUGAACACAGCCCCCGUGCCAGGCCAGACGCCCCACGAUGAGUCCGACCGCCGGACCGAGACUCGCUCCUCCGUCUCGGACCUCGUCAACUCCCUCACCAGCGAGAUGCUCAUGCUCUCUCCAGGCUCCGAGGAGGACGAGGCCCACGAGGGCUGCAGCCGAGAGAACCUGGGCCGGAUCCAGUUUAGCGUAGGCUACAAUUUCCAGGAGUCCACGCUCACCGUGAAGAUCAUGAAGGCCCAGGAGCUGCCCGCCAAGGACUUCAGCGGCACCAGCGACCCCUUCGUCAAGAUCUACCUACUGCCCGACAAGAAGCACAAGCUGGAAACCAAGGUGAAGAGGAAGAACCUGAAUCCCCACUGGAACGAGACCUUCCUCUUUGAAGGUUUCCCCUACGAGAAGGUGGUGCAGAGGAUCCUCUACCUCCAGGUCCUGGACUACGACCGCUUCAGCCGCAAUGACCCCAUUGGGGAGGUGUCCAUCCCCCUCAACAAGGUGGACCUGACCCAAAUGCAGACAUUCUGGAAGGAUCUGAAGCCAUGCAGCGAUGGGAGUGGGAGCCGGGGAGAGCUGCUCUUGUCUCUCUGCUACAACCCCUCUGCCAACUCCAUCAUUGUCAAUAUCAUCAAGGCCCGGAACCUCAAAGCCAUGGACAUCGGAGGCACCUCAGACCCCUACGUGAAGGUGUGGCUGAUGUACAAAGACAAGCGGGUGGAAAAGAAGAAGACGGUGACGAUGAAGCGGAACCUAAACCCCAUCUUCAAUGAGUCCUUUGCCUUCGACAUCCCCACAGAGAAGCUGAGGGAGACAACCAUCAUCAUCACUGUCAUGGACAAGGACAGGCUCAGCCGCAACGAUGUCAUCGGCAAGAUCUACCUGUCGUGGAAGAGCGGGCCCGGGGAGGUAAAGCACUGGAAAGACAUGAUCGCCCGUCCCCGGCAGCCCGUGGCCCAAUGGCACCAGCUGAAGGCCUGAGUGGCAUCGCAGGAGGCCCAGGGUGGCCGAGGGCCCAGGUCCCCUCAUGCCUCACCAUUUUAUGCACAAUGCCCGGCCUGCCCCCCCUGCCAUGGGGGUGGAGAGGGCCCUGAGGGCUCGGCCAGGGAGGGGCCCCAGGAAGCCGCUGGACCCCAUUUCUAGGAAGCACCAGCCCCGGCGGCCCCCCCAUCCCUUCCAGCUGCUCCAACUCUGGGGGCGGCGGCCGGGCGUCAUUUUCCUGCUUUGCCCGUUUCCUUCCUGACUGGUUGAUGCUGAAAAGCAAGAGAGGGUGCAGGAGCCAGCCAGCCGGGGUGCUCCCUCCAGAGGCCUGCCAGGGGGGCAGAGCCCCCCGUUUUCUUUAAGGCAGUGCCUGGAGUGGAGAGAGGCCACCCCCCUCCCAAAUCUUCCCCCAGAGGUGAGGAAGAGGCCGAGGCAUUUGGCCCCGGCCCGGGUGGGUCCAGGGGAAGGUUCAGGUGCCGACUGGGCCCUGACCGCCCAGGACAGCUUUCAGCCCCUCCGGGGGCUCAAGGCCACCGUGCGCCCGCGUCCUGUUCACUGUGUGCGUG